CUGAUCGGGAUCGGCAGCGGUCGGGCGGCCGGCGGCUCUCUGGCCAACCGAGGGCUGAGCCGCGUGGGCAUCCAGGGCAACAGACGACGGCGCCGACUCGGGAUCGUCUGCUUGCGGCACAGACUCGCCUGUUUGCAACUCGUGCCGGCAUCUGGAAAGCCGGGGUCUUCCUUCAGCGAGAGAGUCGGUGCAAACAGCUCUGGCUUCGCCUGUGCCGCCUCGACCAAGAGUCGUCCCCCCCCCUCACAGAAUGCCCCUUCAACGAGGCUCUUUCGAGCUCAAGUUUAUUGUCCUCGGGGAUCGAGGGUGCGGCAAGUCGAGCCUGAUCAAGGCCCUCAAAUAUGGCCGUGGGCUCGGCUCCGCCUCGACCGAACUCGGACUCAUUGCUGGAGGAGACCGAAGUGAAUCAGCCCCGGGCUCGCAAAAGCUGGCAUACACACACAACAGACACCACUUUGUGCUUGAGUUUUGCGACACCGAUGCCAAUACCGUCGCCGAUGACCCGACCAUCUUCCGAGAUGCCAACGCCAUCCUGAUAUGCUUUGCUGUCGAUUGCCCGCAAGACCUGGGGCGGGUGAAGGAGAAGUGGGUCCGAAUAGCGCUGAAGCUCAGUCCGACGUGCCCAAUACUGCUAGUUGGAUGCAAGAUCGAUCUCCGGACCAGUGACGAGGCCCCAGAAGCAUCGGCGGUCGGCGAUGCGCGUCAAAUGUCCAUCUUAACACCGAAGGAAGGUGAUGAGCUCUCCAAGCAGGUCAUCAAGGAGUUUGGCAAAGUCAACGCAUAUACCGAGUGCAGCGCCAUCACUGGCAAAGGGAUACGAGGGGUCAUUCCUCUGGCCGUCGAUCUGGUCAUGUCGGUUUUGUGCGGCUGCCCCAGCGGCGGCGGCGGCGGCGGGAGUGAUUCGAGUUGUGCGGUAUUGUAGAAUGGACUUGGGUGGUGCGCAACUUGAGCAAAAUGCUUGAUACGGACGAGAGGCGGGGAUUGUCUGGACAUCCGAGUCACUCAGCGAGCGACGCACCCCACGGCACAUCUGUUCC